GCCCGAAUCGAAGCAAUGCACUGGUUAGUAUAGUUCUUAAAAGCAUGCUGUUUGACGAAACAUUGUGUUUUAUGUCAUAGUGUGGGUCUUAACAAUAUAGUUUUCCUAAUAAUUCCAGCAGGCGAUGAGACUAUAACUUAUGGAUGACCUUUGAACGACGCGAAAGUGACCUUAAGAGUGUUCACCUAGUAAUUAGGACCGAAUAAGGAUUAGAAAUAAGUAUGAUUCUCAUCACGAACUGACAUAAGCUAUAAUGUCAAAACUAUUUAGCCAAAUGGAUGAGUGAAUUUCGCGCCAAAAUCCGGGACCUGUUGUCUUAUACCUGGUUGUUUCGUCCAUAAAUUAUAGUCUCGGCCAGCAGUCGUUAAUUCAAACUACGGGCUGUAGUUACUGUUCAUCCGUUAGUCUUCAGGCAUAUAUACCAAUCCUGUUUUUUAAAUAGUGUGCAGCGUACGGCCUAACAGUCUGAUAUUUAUUAAUCAUCAAGUCAUGAUAGUUCUCAUCUAUCUCACUCUGUCUUCAUGCUUCAUACAAUUUGCAAUGGGACUAAAUUUUACUGUACUUGCGCACUUUGAAUCGAUUCUGUUGUCUAGAUGUCUCUAAAUACUGAUCAUUGUAAUAAUAAUAACCGUAUAUAAGCGUUAAAAUUACAUUAUGCUUUGUUAGGUUUUUACUACUGCCUGAUAUCAGAGCGUUCCUUCAAGUUUGAUGAUACCGUUACUACCUCUACUACCCCGGUAUAUGAUCUGAGAGUUUCAUCUUUACGAUUGACUGACUCAGUUUUGUGUUAUGGUCAUUUAAAGUUUCAACGUUAUUUGAACCUUUAAACUUUAGUUACAUUGGUGGUUACCAUUUUUUACUAAUGUUUACUAUACGCUUUGUAUUUGCUGUUAUCUCACACUCUAAAUCAUGGCUCGACUUCCUUAUAACUGAAUCAAAUUAACAAAUUCUAGCUAUCGAGCCUACGAACAGAGCCGUUGAUAUUGUUGCCACAAUAUGGAGUCAGUUACUUACCAAUAGCGUCCAUACGAAGAAACUCGAAGAUUCUGGUUUCGCACGUGCAUGUACAAUAGGUAUUACCAGUGUGAUUGUUUCCCAACCAAAGCCUGUUCAGCAGUUACUUGCUCUACUAUUCGGCAUCUGGUUUCGAAUGAUCUAUCAUACUGAAGUUAAUGCUAUGUCUGUGGAAGCUGUUGCUAAAUCUGUCGCCGGGUCUGUUUUCCCCAGCUGCACGACUACCCCAAUAAAAGUUGAACGAGCAUCAAAAGUUAUGGAAUAUCUCAUAACUGGCUUUGCCUCUGCUGAUCUCUUCAGUCGUGAGCUUAUCGAAUACUUCACAUUAGAAACGAAAACUAGCAUUUCGAGAGUGGAGAAGUUCAAGUACGAGUUUCGAUUUCCUAAAGACGUGCCAAUAACUUGGCUACACCGUUGUUUUAAUUUUACAGGAGAAAAAUCUGUUCGUCUUUUCGUUCGAAUGCUAUUAGAAGAAGGUAGAAAACAUGGAUUUCACCUGAUUAAAGAUGCCGUAUCCAGGGAGGUUUUUGAAAGAUCAGCUUGUAAUAACAUAUCCACUCCAAACAAUACAGUGAACUCAGGAUCUAAUCAGGUCACUUCUCGUCCAGAUGAUAAUUUGCUCGUUGGAAAUAUCCCAUCAAAUGUUUCGUAUAUGCAGAAUAUCAGUUCCACACAGAGUGAGAGUUACAUAUCUGGAGAUGGGACUAUUUUAUAUACAGAGGCAAGCUCUACGGUAACACCUACUCUUCUAAGACGGGAAAAUCGACCCUUUGAAAUAGAUACUGGGGGAUUUGACAUACUAAAUGCUCCUAUUCAGCAAACAUCGGAAAAACGUACAUGUGUUACUACAACACCUAUUGGAAAAACAUCUCAUCAUACCACUCCAGUAGUCAACUUAGAUUCAUUAAACGCACAUGAGUUUUUAAAUCCUAUAACAACAGUUGUAAAUCCGGAUAAUUCAUCUAAGAACAAAUUUCCCUCUGUUGUCCCAUCCAUUUCAUCAGUUGAGAAUAGAGAAUAUAAUGCUAAAUUAAAGAAUACAACCUAUCGAACACCAUCUUCUCAAUCAGUUUGUUUUAAUUCUGUUAAACGACGUCAGUUGGAACGCUUACAAAAACGUUCUGAUUGGUUUCUUAGUCCCCCAGCCGGCUUACGCUCAUCCACUGGUUUAAUGCACUUAAAUCCUAAUACUCCUGGAGCUGUACACGGUUCCAUACCCCAAAUUCAGAAUAAAUUAAACACAUCUCAAACUAAUAAUAAUAAGACUAACUUUAGGAACUAUCCUAUUGUCUCUACUGAACCACAUUCAUCAUCUGAUCUUGAUUCAUCUUCAUUAAUGGACAUUGAUCUAUCUGAGGAUGCGACAACAACAAACGAUUACAUCCAAAAUCUAAGUCAGUUCAACAUUAAUGGGAACGAUGUUGAUGUGAAUGAUAUUGGACAUUUAGUAUUCACCGCUCCUGAACGUAUAUGGAAUUGUAGUAGUAACAGUAGCAGUAGUGGUGACCCAAAUAAGUUAUUAUCAACUACGACAACUGGCCGUAAACGUCAUUCGCAUACACUUUCUACACCUGAACAUACAAUGCCACUAACUACUGGAAGUUCACCGAAUUGUCCGUUGCCUCACUGUCGACGUCAAGAACACCAACAAAUUGUUUUAAAGAUUAUCCAGUCAAACGUUCUUCUUUUCAACCAGCAGUAGUUGAAGAAAAAGAGAAUUAUCCAGAGGUCGAAAUACGAUAUUAUAUUGUUGAACGAUAUUACGGUCCGGAACCUCGACCACCUCCAUCAAACAUUCAACAACGUCUUGUUAAUCACAAUCAAGAACUAGCUACAUAAUUUCAUUGUUGUAUUAUGUACAAGUUCAACGAUAUCUAUGGUGUAUAUUUCACUUACUUGACGCGUUCUUUUUAUUCCACACACAUGACCAUAUAUAUUCUCAUUCGUUCAUAAACCAACCACCUGUACGUAAAAAGUAGUAAUUUUCUUGUGCGUUUUAUGAGCCACAAAACUUUCUUUCGCCUUUAUUCUUCCUUUUUAUUAUUAUCAUUAUAUACUUCUUGGUUUUCACUUUACCUUUUUGUUAAUUUGAUGCACAUUCAUGCAAUUAUUGCUUUAUUAACACAAUGUGCCUACUACUAUACACUCGAAGGAGAAGUCUACACGUUGUUAAUGAUAAUACUUGUUUAGUUACCUGUUGAGUUACUUUUCUUUGAAAAGAGUCCAAGCAGAACCACCGGGGGAGAGGAGUGAAACAGAUAGCAGCAAAAAAUGAUGCCCGAUUCUGUGUAGAUAUAUAUUUGCUAUCAUUGUUUGAUUGUUUACUUUUCCAAGAAGAAAUGACAAUUUAGGUUUCUCUUCAACUAACAUGAACUAACCAAAAAACUUCAUAAAAAUGAACAAUCAAACAACUCACUUGUUUCUCUAUAAUUUAACGUAACCGUACUUUCCUAUGUUUUUUCUUCCUACUAUAUACCACUUGACCACAAGUAGGUUAUUACUGUUACCUAUUUUGUUUUUCCUUUGAGAAGUUACAAAAAUAGACACUGUUAUUCAUUUAUUUUGAGAUCAUUUUUAUUCUUACUGUAUUAUUCGUUUUUAGCGAGUUUUCAUGUCGUUUUAUUACUAUUUUUAGUAAUUAUAUUUUAUUUGUCCAGAUUGCCUUUUUCGUACCUGUUGGUGUUUUAUACACAAUUUCUUGUUACUGUCUGUAUCUGUUAGAUUUUUCUCCUCUACACUCUAAUGAAUUGCUUUCGUUUAUCUCUCUAAGUUGUUGUUUAAAGUCAAUUAUCAAUUAAGCCCAAUACAACUGUUGUAAUGUCAGAUCUAAAACGUACACACAGAGACAACCAUAACCACUUGUUUUCUAGAGUGAUGGCGGCGUUCUUUUUUCUUAUAUCUUCAGUACCUGCUGUAUUAUUGUUUGUGUUGCCUUAAAAUUACUCAGUGAGUUUUUUUAUAAAGAGGAGACAGUUCAUUUUACUUCUUACUUAUAUCGUAUACCUUAAUUUGUCCUAAAUGUGCACAUUUACCAAUUUUACUUGCCUUCACUGUUAUUAGUAAUAGUAAUAGUACUUUGGUUUAUUAUGUCAGCAUCGAUUUAUUGUUUUCAACUGUAAACAGUCUAUUGUUGUGUAAUUCACAAUCUUCAUUGAACAAUCAAUGCUUUACUUGAUAGUGUUUUAUUUUUUCAUUGUCAGUUCUUUAUAUUAUAAAUAUUUUUAUACUUUCCGAAUAAACCAACUACACAGAUCUAUUUUGUGAUAGGUCAUUUCCUUAUGUCCACUCUUUUUACACCAUCUGUCUAUAUAUACAAACGCAAUUAAUUUAUGUGAAAACUUUUUAUGCAAAUAAUUUUCUUUGUAAACACUUCUCAAUAAUCUGUUUGCUUACCUGAUACACUAUCUAUCCAUUACUGUCUGAUAAAUCUGUUAUUUGUUUUUACGUUAGUUUGCAUUCUGUUUCGUUUUGACGAAAACAGUUAUAAAACACAGUUCUUUUUUGAAAAAAAGAACAUUGUUAUUUGACGUUUCCUCCGACUUUUUUUUAGUUGUGACCACUUUUGUUAUUAUCACUGUUUUAGUCAGAAUUGAAAUUUGAGAUAUGCAUUUGUGUAAUAGUGAAGCCUAGAAUUACUAUUCUUAGUCAAUUUGUCACUGUUAAAUAAAUUGGGUAGAUGUUGCAUUUAC